ACCUCUGCAACGCCAUUCGUCUAGGCUGAUUUGGAACCCUCCCUCUCGUUGUCCCUGGCUGAUUGAUUAAUACAGUGAGAAUGGGGAGUGAUGAAGACCUAAAGACAUGGGUAUCGGAUAAGUUGAUGUCACUACUGGGCUAUUCUCAGCCCACGGUGGUGCAGUGCAUGAUUGGACUAUCCCAGCAAGCUACUUCACCAGCUGAUUUGGCGAGCAAACUAGUGGAGUUUGGGAUCUUGUCAACAGACACCCCUUCAUUUGCAGAAGAAAUUUUCUCAAGAGUUCCCCGUAAAUCAACGGGUUUAAAUGUGAGGUUUUUUGGCAGUGAAAUUUUGCUUCCAUCUUUGUACUUUGUAGUUUUAAAUUAAUCUAGCAAAUCCUUUCCCCUGUA